CUGAGCUGUCUUCUGCAAAUGAUUUCACACCCUCAUGCAGAGGAUCAAAAUAUAACUACAACAGCCAUGGACAUGGACACUGCUUUUCUCAAAUCCAAGAGGGGCAUCCUGAAACUAGCAGAGCUGGGGACUUUUUUUGUGGCAUUUGUGUGUUAUGCCACAGCAUCCAGAUCAGGCCAUAUUGCAGCCACCAUCAUUGAGUUCCUGAUUACUUCAUUUCUGGUGUUACUCUACCUGUUCAAACUCAACAAGAAGUUUACUAUCUUCUUGUGGCCUCUUGUUGAUACUUUCAAUUCAGUGUUUGCAGCACUCUACUUUAUUGUCUUGAGCAUGAUUGCCUUGAGAACAUACACUUACAGAGGAACACUGGUCGGAGGGAUAGUUGGUUUCCUGUCAGUUGGGCUGCUGUGCGUGGAUAGCUUCACACUUUUCAAGAUCAUCACAUUCAACAACCGAAGAAGCGAAGUCCAGCAUCAAGGCACACAAGUCAAUAAAUGAAAAUAUGAAAUUAAAGAAGAAAGAAAGAAGAUUACUUUCUCCCAUGUCCUCUGAAAUAUUAAUAACUUAGGUCUACUUACUUACUUAUUGUAAAGCUGUAUUGUACAAUAUGUUCUAUGAUAUA